AUGGAGUCUUGCGCCCAGAUUUUCAUCGCCGAUCUCCCGCGACCUGGUGAUCUCACAGACGACGCCCGUGACAUCCGACCCACCACACCAGUCCCAUCCAGGAGCAGGCCUCGUUCCGAUCCAUCCGUCACUGCUCUCAAUCUCCGAAUGCAAUGGUUGGAAAAGACCCUUACUGCGUUGACUGAAGAGCACGAGGCGCUUGAUAGAGACGCCGCCGACGGAUGCCGUGCGGGUCUGGAAGUGGCCGAUGGGCUUCUUGUUGCUUCAGCCCAGCGCGGUAUCAUGGGCACGUUUUGGCAAGUGUGUCACCCUUCCAAAUGCUCCAAGAAACGGGACCUGCUGCGAAGGCAUCUUGGGAUUGCCCAGCACACGUACGAAACUGUUGGCAAGCGGUACCAGGAUGCCGUCCGACCCCUGACCGGCCUCUACGAGAGGGUCAGGAGCCUCGGCGACAAUGCCAAGCAGGUGUCCAACAUGAUACAUGAGUUGAAUACUCUCCAAGAGUGUAAGGAGAAGGCACUGAACUUAGAGAUCAGAGAGAGAUCGGAAGCAUGGUCGCACAAAACGUUGAGGCUUGCGGCGCUGCGCAAGCGUGAGUGGGAGACGGGGGCGAAGAGGGAGAGUAUGGGGAUUCAGCAGACUGCCAUGGAUGGCUGGCAUGACACCAGACAGGACGACCGCAUCUCUUGGGCUUCCGGCCUGGUGGUCUGCAAACAUGCUGCGGGAAUGGCCCUUUCGCUUAAGCACAACGGCGCAGUGCUCUCGUCCCUGGCACAGGAGAUCUGGAGGGUUGCGUCCGAGGUGGAGAUGCUGAAGGCUCAUGUUGAAUUGCUCCAACAUGGCCGUGACGCAAUGGAAAAAGCCAAGGGCUUGCUCAUCGCCAAGAUGAUGGUCCGUAUGGAGGUUUUCCAGGCAGAGCACUCGAGGCUCAGCGCCGAGUUGCAGGACGAGGAAAAGCCUUUGAAGGCAGUGGGUGACGAUUGCCUCCGCAUCGCGGCGAGGUUGGACGCGCUCAAGGAGUCCAACUUUGGGGAUUUGGUGUUUGGUGUGCGCGAUCUGGCGAGAAGCGUUGCGGUCAAGAACGAGAAGAAGGAGAAGAGGAAGUGCUCGAAGGGGUGCAAGCCAGCCGGGAGGCCCUACACGUCCAUCACCAGCCGGCUUAUGAUGCGGUAG